AAUGGCGGCGCCCGACGAGUUGUUUUGCUGGGAAGGAGACUGGGGUCUGCCGUCCGUCAGCACCGAGUGUCUGGUGGUUUUGGCAUACGCGCAGUUUGCCGGCGCUCCUCUCAAAGUUCACAAAGUGUCCAACCCGUGGAGAAGUCCUGGCGGUUCCAUUCCUACCCUGAGGACCAGUCAGAAGGAGACCCUGUCCAGACCAUCUGACAUCAUUAUUCACCUGAGGAAACAAAAGUACAACGCAGACUACGACCUGUCGGCGAAGGAGGGCGCUGACAGCCUGGCGUUCAUAUCGCUGAUGGAAGAGAAGCUUGUGCCGGCCCUGCUUUACACCCAGUGGGUGGAGCCAAAGAACUACGUGGAAGUGACGCGGCGCUGGUAUGCCGAGCGCAUGCCCUUCCCGCUCAGCUUGUUCCUGCCAGGCCGCAUGCAGCGACACCAGCUGGACAAACUGCGUUUGCUGCGAGGUGAUGACAGCCUGGAGGCCAACGAGGAGCUGGAGAAGGAGUUGUUCCGCGACGCUGCCGACUGCAUGAACCUGCUGGCACAGAGACUUGGGCCGCACAAGUUUUUUUUUGGAGACUCGCCUUCCUCUCUUGACGCCUUCGUAUUUGGCUCGUUAGCGCCAAUUCUCAAGUGCAAACUCCCCAACAACAAGUUGCAAGAGCACCUGAAGUCUCUGGACAACCUCAGCAAGUUCUGCACCAACAUCCUGCUCAUCUACUUCCCCCACAACUGCAGUCAGAGGACUUCCUGUCCAGCAGAGACCAAAGACCUGGAGCAGGUCCCAAACAAGCGCAGGAAGCAGUUCCUGUCGCUGCUGGUGGCUCUGGGCGCCAUGUUGUCAUACGCCGUGCUGAGCGGCAUGGUGUCCAUCCAACAGCGGGAGGCGCUGGAAGCGCCUCUGCACUCUCACCAUGACGAGGACGACGAGGACGACUGA